UGUCGGUCGAAUUGAAGGUGAGUCGUCCGUCCGGUCGAUUCUUUGGCCAGUCGUUGGCAAAAUGAGCACAUCGUAUCAACGUCCUGCAUUUUGGCGCGUGCCGGACUAUAUAAAAGACGGCGAAAUUUUCGAUCGCUAUGUCGGUGGUCGCAGGAAAAGUUCGCUUAUCACAAGUACCAGUCGCCGUAAUAGUACCAAAAAGCACGUACACUUCAUAGAUGAUCCAGCUGAGGUGAACUCAACGCCGUUAUCACCACCAGCUUCGCCCGAGGUUCAAGUAGGAAGCCCUGCUUACGGGGAAGUGCUACGUGGCGAUAUAAUAGCCAAGGUACGUGAUUAUGAUGCCCGCGAUUUGAACCACGCCGACGCUGAGACGCUUUUCCGCAACGCCGGCAAUGAAAUCAAAAUCGUCGUGCAUCGUGACAGUAAAAUCGCAUACACACAAGGACUCGGCGCCGAACCGUACGGAACUGGUCUCGGCUCAUCACCAGUUAAUAGCAACAGCCCAGACUUAUCCAAUGCCAAUGUGCCACACAGAGGACCUUCACCAUUUUUGCCAGGACCCGGUCAUUAUGAACGUGCUCUACAAUUACCUGUUGAUUCGUUGCCGCAAACAGUAUUUCCAAAACUGAACGCAUCUGGCGGCUAUGUGGCACCGCGCGAGAGCGGAUGCUUCAGUCCCAUGCCGACGCGCGAUCACCAACAGGAUGUAGCCGAGGAACAAGCGGCCAUUGUGAAUCAACCAUACCGAACAACUCCACUGGUUCUGCCUGGUGCUAAAGUCAAGAAGGAUGCUCCAACCACAGAAUCAUACUUGAGGUAUCACCCGAAUCCGGCUGUGCGCGCUCAUCCCGGCCACGACUUCCAUGACAGCGUGAUGAAGCAACGCGUCGCCGACACCAUGUUGCACAAAGUAGUUGGCCAGGAUGCCGAUACUGGCAGGGUAUUCCACAAACAAUUCAACUCUCCCAUUGGCCUGUAUUCAGACAGCAACAUCGAGAACACCAUCAGACAAACAGUUCC